UCAUUUACAUGACACAAAAGAAACAACAAGAACAAUGUCAAAUUACCAUAUUUUCAUUUUCUUCAACUUACUCAUAACCAUCAUCCACGUUUCAGGACAAGACCCUCCUUACAUAGGUCACUUCUGUGGAAACAGAGCAAACUUCACAAGAAACAGCACUUACUUCUCCAACCUCAAAUCACUCUUAUCUACUCUCUCUUCUCCAAACGCUUCCUACGCCACAGGUUUCCAAAGCGCCACUAUAGGGAACGGUUCCGACACAGUCACAGGCCUAUUCCUUUGUCGUGGAGACAUCAUCCCUGAAAUCUGUAGUGACAAUGCUCUUUACGCUGUCGACGAUGCUCUCUCCCAUUGUCCUGACCAGAAAGAAGCCACCAUUUGGUAUAACCCUUGUACGCUUCGAUACUCCGACCGGAACAUCCUCUCUACGUUGGCUACUAGUCCUGGCGUUCUUUUGACUAAUACCAAUAACGUAACGGCUGAGCUACGAGAACGGCUUAGUGAUGUUCUCAACUCAACUAUGAACGAUGCGGCGAAGAUGGCUGUGAAUAGUUCGCGUAAGUUCGGGUUAAAGAAAGCGGAUUUUACACCGAGUAAGAGAUUCUACGGGAUGGUUCAGUGCACGCCUGAUUUGACUAGUGAUGAGUGUAACGUUUGUCUUCGUCGAGCCAUUGAUGGAUUGCCUCGUGAGCAAGUUGGUGGAAGGAACCUUCUUCCAAGUUGUAAUGUAAGGUACGAGCUUUACCCUUUUUAUUCUGAAUUGUUAGCUCCUCCACCACCGCCGCAAGUAUCAGAUACAGGCUCUGGUGUGACGCCUUUCGCAAAGCCGCAAUCAAGAAGUUAUAGAAGCUCGAGUUCUUUAAUCAUUGCAAUUGUUUUGCCAAUCGUUGUUGCGUUAGUGUUUUUCGUAGCUGUUCAGUAUUACUUCUUGAAGAGAAGGAAGAUAAAUUAUGAGGCUUCUGCUUCUGAUGAUGGGUCACUACAGUUUGAUUUUAAGACAAUUGAAGUAGCUACAAAUAGAUUUUCUGAUAGUAAUAGGCUUGGUCAAGGAGGAUUUGGUGAUGUUUAUGAGGGUAUGUUACCUAAUGGAACAGAGGUUGCUGUGAAGAGGCUAUCGAAAUCAUCUGAACAAGGUGUUGAUGAGUUCAAGAAUGAGGCUACUCUUGUAGCAAAGCUUCAGCAUAGGAAUCUUGUACGGCUUCUCGGGUUUUGUGUCGAAGGAGAAGAGAAGAUACUCGUCUACGAGUUUGUCCCAAACAAAAGCCUCGACUACUUCCUCUUUGAUUCCACAAAAAGAAGUGAAUUGAGCUGGAAAACGCGACACAAGAUUAUUGGAGGGAUAGCGCGAGGAGUUCUUUAUCUUCAUCAAGAUUCACGGCUCACGAUCAUACAUCGUGACCUUAAAGCCAGUAACAUACUCUUGGAUGCGGAUAUGAACCCGAAAAUUGCGGAUUUUGGGAUGGCAAGGAUUUUUGGGAUGGACCAAACCCAGUCUAAUACAAGCAGAAUCGUUGGAACCUUUGGUUACAUGUCUCCGGAGUAUGCAAUGCAUGGACAGUUCUCUAUGAAGUCUGAUGUCUAUAGCUUCGGAAUUAUAGUUCUCGAGAUUAUAACCGGCAAGAGGAAUAACAACUUCAACCAAACUGAUGGUGAUUCCGACUUAGCCUCAUAUUCAUGGAGAAUAUGGAAAGAGGGAGUUGCUGAAGAAUUGGUGGAGCCAGCAAUAAGGGAGAAUUGUGAGAAAGAUGAAGUUAUAAGAUGCAUCCAUAUCGGCUUACUAUGUGUUCAAGAAGAUCCCGCGGAUCGUCCAACGAUGGGAACCAUCGUAAUGAUGCUUUAUAGUAGAACAAUGAGCUUACCAAUUCCACACCAACCAGGAUAUAGCUUUCCUAAUCAAGAUGAAUCAGAAACCACCAAUGAAGGAUAUGUCUCACAGUCUACUAUUGAUGAAUCAGCCAUCACUAUCACUUUUCCUCGUUGAAAAGUCUUGUAUGGUAUUUAGUAUAAUAUUGUAAUGCUCUUAAUUUUCGUACCUCUUGUGUCUUUUGUGUUUGACUGUAAUGUUAUCCAUACAAUUUUGGUUGAUGAAACAUUCAAACGUUAUCUAUUACAUAUUGAUUUGGAUGUGUUAUCACUUCUUGAUGUUGAUGCCU